AUGACUUGUUUGAAAUCUUCUAUUAAAGAGAUCAUACAAAAAGUUUUAAUUAGUUCCGGUGAACCAUUUCAUACAUCUGAUCUUGUAUUAGAAUUAAUCUAUGAUUAUAUACGUAUAAAUGCUAAUCAAAUGUUAUUCUAUUUAUCCACAACUAAAUUACCAGAAUUAUAUGAUUUAUUAAAUUUAUGUAAACAUCAACCUAUUCGUUUAAUUAGAAUUGUAAAAUAUUUUCGUACAAUAUGUACUAGUUCGUUUAUCAAAACAAAUGGAUUAGGUAUAAUGAAUGAAAAACAAUUAUCAUCAUUUAUCAAUAAUCAUGAUGAUAAUAAUGAUGACCGUCGUGACGACGACGUUGAUGACGAUGACAGUCGUGAUGACGACGAUGAUGAUGAUGAUGAGAAUAUAAGAAAACCAAAUAAUAUGUUACCUAAUUCUAAAUGUUUCAAUUCUUUUCUCCCUCAUAACAAUUCAAAUUGGAUACGUUUAAAUAAAUUAUUUCAUCAAUUAUCUAUCCCUUUACCAACUAUUCAACAUCAUAAGGAUAAUCCAUUUUGGCAAUUGUAUCCAUUAAAAUUCAAACAAAUUUAUUAUCAAUUAUAUAAAGGUAAAUUAUUACGUUUAACAAGAAUUGAUUUAAUGACAUGUAAUGAAUCUAUUGAGAAAUUUUUAUCAUUUCAUCGUUUAAGACAAUCAGCUAGUUUAUUAAAUUUAACUAAAUCACGUAAUUUAAAAAAAUUUUUCUAUUGGUUUUACUAUUGUACAUUAAAUAAUAAUCAUGAUGAAAGUAAAAUUACAUUGCAAACUAUUAAUGAACAAUAUUUGAAAAUGUUACAUAAUAGUAUGACAUGUUCUACUACGACCUCCUCCACAUUAUCGUCGUCCAUAUCAUCAUCAUCAUCUUUGACAAUCGAUUCGACAUUAUCAUCUGGGUCAUCCUCAUCAUCACCUCAUGAAGGUUUACAUAUACUUGCUUAUUUAUUAAAUGGUGAUAUCUUAGAUAUUAUUGAUAUGAUUUUAUUUAAUCGACAAAAAUUAAAUAUUAAUUUAACAUCACCUAUUACACCAAUUGAAAUUAAACAAGUUUUACAUAUGUUUACUAAUAUAUUAUAUCCAAGACAAUCAUCAUCAUGAUGAAUAGAUUUAUUAAGAUUGAUUGUAGAUAAUUCUCUUAUUUGAAAUUGUAUUUUUCCAUUUAGAUCUAUUCAAAUGAUAUAUGUGAUAGAUGAUUUAGAUCAAGUUUUGUUCUUUAAAAUUGAAUGAUUUACUAUUAUAGAUAAGAAUAUUUAUGAUAUUUCCUGAACACAAUAUCAUCAAUAUAAACGUCCCCCCCCUAUCAUCUUAGUGAUAGGUUAUAUAUAUAGAUAUCAUAUGCAUUUCAUACUUUUGUGCAUUUUUAUAUUAGUUCUUGUUCCUGUCCUUGUAUCUAAGUUACUAUUAUUAUUGGAAAAUUAUUCACUGUUGAUUAUUCUUAAUAAUUACUUUGAACAUAUAGUUGGCUUUGAUUUAGUCCAAUCUCAAUGUGAUCUGUUGUUGUGUUGUUGUUUUUUACUGAGAUUAUCCAUUAGGGAACAUUGUAGUGAAUUUAUGACUGCGAUGUAACAUAUCAUAGUCUAUAGUUUGACAGUAUUACAUCUGGUGUUCGAAUAAGUUAAAUUAAUUUUAUAAAAUGUAAAUUGUUAGAUACUUGGCUUAUCAGUAACCAGUUUAUGCAUUCAAAUAGUGGUGGUUGAGGGAUUAAAGCAUUCUACUUGCAAUUGUUCAAUUGUAGGUUCAAACAAUGAUUCGUGUAGCCCUCAAAUGCCCUGGUAAGGUUGGAAGUGGAAAGAGUUAGCUCUUCCUCUCGAAAUGCUCUCACAUGGCCACACGUAUACAACCACUGCCAAAUAAAGUCCUACUCACUGCCUUCUCGCGGCAUUACUGUUUAUGAAAUUGAGAGGACGAAAAGCGAACGCCCGGCUUUUUAAUCGGGUUAGUGGAUAUAGAUAAUUUACCUAGGGGAGUUGGAAAACCCUUACUCAACACCAAUGGUGCACAUGGUCUCCAGAAUCUUGAGUGAACAAAUGGCUUAUAGACUUACUGUUGAUCAUCGGCUACCAUGUGACUGCAUCUCCUGAUGUUGCUCCACUGCAUUGUGGAUCAGACAUUGAGGUCGAAGGCUCUGGGUGUGGCCUAAGAAAACCACCUGCUUCGGUUUGGGUAUCCAGGCUGUAACACAGCCCACACACAAAUCAAGAGACUUUUAUGGCGCAUAUGUACUGGAUGCCCCUUUGUACCAAUACUUAUGUGUUCAAAUAAAUAAAUAAAAAUCGUGUACUUUACUUUGAGCGGCUGUCAUGUAAAAUAGUGUGGCUUAAACAUCAAUAACUAAGUUGCAUUAACUGUACUACGGAUAAAUACGCCAGUUGGUUUAAGAUGGCAUGUGGAGAAUGAUUAUUCUUUGUACGGCUGGUACUGU